AUGGAAGAUCCCUUUGAUGCUUUCCAAUCCAAUCUACUUCGAACCCUCAGGGAAGGAGAUCCCUACGUGGACCUGCAGCUUCAGCUUGGUAGGCCAGGGAGUUCUGCUGGAACGUUUCAUUGCCACAAGCACAUGCUAGCAGCGCAGAGCCCUGUGUUCUCUCAUCUGUUUCAACAGAUGUCACUUCCUAACGCCGGCAAGGCAACUCUUCGUGUGGAAUGCGAUCCGGACGCGUUCAACGACAUCAUCCUCUAUGUUUAUACUGGGCGAACUCAAGUAAGGCCGGACCAUGCAGUCGAGAUCCUGAAUGUAGCACAACAUUACGAGAUUGAUGCGCUUGUACGCCUCUAUUUCAACUUCCUGGAGAACUACAUCUCUGUAGAAACGGUCAACUCGGUUCUCUGCUCUGCCUUGCAGUUCGGUCUAGGUCAAGUCAUUCAAAUGUGCGAACGGUUCAUCCUCGUCAAUGCAACGCAGACCUUCGCCCAUCCUUCGAUCGAGCAUCUUCCCGAAGAUGCGCUCUGCAAACUGAUCUCCAACGAUGACCUGCAAAUGCAAGAAAUCGAGGUAUUUCUUGCGGUGGUCAGGUGGGGCCAAUCGCGCUUCAAGAACGCAUCCCAGCAAACCUUGCAGGCCAAGUUGUCGAAUGCUAUGCACUAUGUGCGCUUCCCCAAGAUUGAUGUACACGAAGAUCCUUGUGAUGGCAAAGAUUUGAUUCGAACUGAGCAGGGAAAGGACAUGGCUGAAGUCGUGGAGCCGACUGGUCUGGUUGAGACCUCGCUGUUGCUGGAGGGUUACAGGUUUCGUGCGACGGGAGGAGAGCAGGCAAGUCACGUGUUGAAACAGUACCAGUUUCCACCAGAGUCCAAGGUGCCUUUCGCCACUUUGUCCACCUCGCAGUAUUUCUCAAGUUCAUGUCACAGCAGCAGAACGUCAUUUCUGGUGACCUCCAGGUCUUGUCGUGACCCAAAUCCUGUUAAAAUCCUGACCUGCAUGAAGAGGAUCGAAGUAGGGGAUGUGAUCAAGGCAAUCGACGGAUGGACGGUGGCCUGGAACGUGGAGGCAGUCAAGAAACACCUCAUGGGCCCCAAGGACACAAGGGUGGAGCUUUUGAUCUCGCGCAAUGGCGUUGAGUAUCGAGUGUAUGUCCUCAGAUGCGCGUCAGACGGUCACAGAGACAUGAAUGCUGAACGUGCUAUGCAAGACUUCAGCAUGAGCUCAGCGUCGAGCAUCAAACCCUUUGAUCUCUCCAGGAGUGUAAAUGAGGCAAGAGAGUCCUUGCGGAACUUACAAAAGCAAACCGCUGAAGAUUCCAGCCUCGGGCAAGAUGACGGGCCAUUGGAGGAAGUGUGA